AUGUCGGCUCUGCAGACCUUCAUGCUGGUCGUGGACCAUGACAAAGAAGAAGCAAAGCGAAUUGCCGAAGGAAUCGCGCAAGAUAUCGAGAACAAGAAGACGAAGUUGAUUGAUACGGUCCAAUCGCUCGGCGAAUAUAUCAACGAUGAAGACCCGAUUCUGCGCGGAAAAGCGGUGUCAUACCUUACCGCAGUUAUCCAAGCCCUCUCGCCGAAGUACCUCUCAAGACAACAGAUCCAGGUCUUGACUACAUUCUUCUGCGAUCGCAUUGAGGAUGGAGGCGCUGUUGCUGGACUGGAGGCUCUGCAGGGUCUGGACCGGUUCAAUCGGUUAUUGGCCAGCCAGGUAGCACAAGCUCUCUUUUCCAACUUCCAGGACCUCCAGUCUCGUUCGCAAUCGCAACGAUUCCAGGUUUAUCAAUUGCUUAAUGAGUUGAUGUCAACACACCGCGAGGCAAUGCGCAACAUGGGAGAUAUCUCACUCCUCGGAGUGGUCGAUAUCAUGACAGGAGAGAAGGAUCCACGGAAUCUGAUGGUCGUGUUCUCCAUCCUGAAGGUUGUUAUGGUUGAAUGGGAUAUUUCCAACCACGUUGAGACCUUGUUCGACUCAGUAUAUAACUACUUCCCGAUUACAUUCCGACCCCCGCCCAACGAUCCAUACGGAAUCACUGCACAGGAUCUCAAGGGCCGUCUCCAAGAUUGCAUCUCUUCCACUAGGUAUUUCGCACCUCACGCCAUUCCCGCAUUAUUGGACAAGCUUGAUUCCACCUCUCCCAAUGUAAAGAAAGAUGCACUUAAUACAUUGAUUGCUUGCAUUAAUUCUUAUGAUCCUGAUACAGUGUCAAAGUACUCUAUCACUAUCUGGGAGACUUUGAAGUUCGAGAUUCUUAACGCCCAAGAGGAAUUCCUAUCUGAGACUUCUCUCGAGGCUUUGAAAGCUAUCACGCAAAGGCUUUCUGAAGGAGUUACCGAGGUGUCACAAGAGCUUCCUCUUGCGCUGUAUCUCAAAGCAAUCACCAAGGAAUGCAAUGAGCAGCUUCAAGAGCCUCAAAAUAAACAAGCCAAGCCAUUCCAGCAGAUCCUCAGCUGUGUUUCUUCCGCUUCCGCUGUUUCUUUUAUUCUCAUUGUCCAGACUGUUGUUGCACCUAUUUUCACAAUUUACCAAGAGGCAGAUGGAAUCGUCAAGCAAAGGGCACUUCUCGAGACCCUCAACAUCUUGUUCGAAGCUACGACGGAUGUAUUUGGGCAAUGGACCACUCGUGGCGGUGAGAUUGCCGUCGAGAAUCCUCUGCUUGAAUUUAAGGACCAGUUCUCGGAGAUCUUCGGCCAGGCACUGAUGGGUGCAGCCAAGGAGGAGGUUUCAUUCCGGGUUACUGCUCUGAAGGGCUUCUUGCGCCUAUCGAUAUUGCGCGAUUUCUUCCAGGAGAACGAGAUCGGCCUUUUUGUCCAAUACUUAGACGAAAUUCUUCUGAAGGAGGAAUCUGUCGGUCGUAAUGAUUUGAAGAAGGAAGCAAUCGCUGCCCUUGCUGAGGUUUCCAAGCACAAGCCCCGGCUGAUCAUGGACAUCACAUUCCCUGCAUUCGUGGCGACUCUACCAGAGGAAGAUGAGGGCUUAGAUGCCUUGUAUCUGCCAACGCUCGAAACCCUUGCCCAGAUCAGCGUUGAAAGAGACAUAUUCGAGACUCUGUUCCGUCGUCUAUUCAGCAAGCUGACUAUCUUAUUACAGAAGGAGCAGCCUGGAUCAGUGGCUUAUCCUCGUGCUAUCCUGAUGACAUUGCUAUACGUGAUGCAGCAGCGAAACAUGGGACAAGACCAGAGUGUUGAUCUGUACUUUGACAAGAUUGUGGUUGGACUUUGCCGUGACGUGGCUGCAUCGUCCUCCGGUAAGGCUAAGAACCGAAUCCUUACCGAUCCUACUGUGCUCGAUACCUUGGGACGACUUUGCAACCUCCUUGUGCGGUCUGUUUCCAUUGAGAAGCAGGAACAAGUGGCAGAAAAUGUCUACAGUCUUUUCACCACCAAUGAAGACUUUGCGCCUGUGCCAUUUGCCCAAACGACCAGCGCAGACCAAGAGCGUACCUUGAUCAUCUCAACUUAUCUUCUCGCGGGACUUUCCAUGGACUGCACCAACCGAAUCCCACAGGCCAGUGACAUGUCAGCUUUGCUGUCCGAGCUGGUCAGCCGUUCCAUCUCAUCCACGGAACCAGCUACCCACCAGGCCUACCUGCGUCACUUGGCAUUGCUUGUGAAUAAGUUCUUGUCCAAGCAGGAUCUGCCAAUCGCCGAGAAACUCUUCGACUCUCUCAUUGAGAGCUCAGGCGCAGAACCUCAAACUCUCAGUCCCGCAACUAUCCGCACCAUUUUCUGGCUAUCAAAAGCUCUGGUCCUCCGCCUUGCACCCACAACAACCCACGUUCUGACAUCCCUGCUUGCCCUGAUCUCUUCUCCAGACCAGCAGACCAGCACGACCGCAGCACAAGGCUUCGCCAUCCUCCUUGGCGAAGACGACAUUAUCUCCCCGACUAAUGGUGCCACAAUCCGUCUUCUCUGCAGACAGCGCUUAUUUACAACUGUCAUCCCCUUGAUUUCGUCUCGCAUACGCGAAGUCAACAUUGCUGGCACAGAUGACUCUGCCACCGCCACAAAGGCACAAGACCACAUCAAGCCAGCCCACCUCACUGCUCUUGCUGGAAUUCUCUCCACAAUUCCAACGGCCCUAGUCAUGCCAGAACUCCCCACAUUACUUCCCCUUCUCCUACAAUCCCUCGACCUCCAGACUGCCGACUCCAUCGCUGUCCGAACAGCAACACUCGAUACUCUCGCAGUAAUCAUCCGUGACAACGGCGUUGUCGUCAUCGACCAGUGUGGCCACGUCUCAAGCCUUGUCACGAGACUCCUCAAAACAACGGCUACAAACGUCGGCCCUGGUGCUGUCAAUAGUCCCCGCCUCCGUGCGGAUGCGUUGAGAUGUCUCAACCUUCUUGCUACGCACCAAACCUCCGCUGGUGCUGAUGCUACCACCCGUGCCCCACCGUCCAUCUCGCCGCUUCUGCCAGUCAAGAACCAGGUACUCAGAUCCCUGCGUGCAGUUCUUGACGACCCCAAGCGUGAUGUGCGUAAGGCAGCAGUUGAUGCUAGAGGUGCUUGGCUGCGUGGUGUUGAUGAUGCGCCAGAGGAAGACGAUUGA